AUGACUGACGAUAGCAUAAUUAUAGAGGACGCGAAAACCAAUCGGAGACUGUCGGGGGGCUCUGAGGAGUCUCCUGUCCAGGUCCCUGACUCGUCGCCCAUCAGGGUCAGAUCACAGUCCACAGAACCGGCCUCCUCUCCUAUCCAGAUUACUACUCGUCUUCCUAGUUUGAGAGAGCGAUUCUCCUAUAUGCCCAGCAGCUCGCUGGGCGCGAAGUUUUCGCAUGAGCCGCUUGCUCCUCCUAAAGGCGCGCUUUCUUCAGAUCUCAAACGCAGUUUCACGGCGCUGAAAAAUAAGUUCCCCCAUUUGUCGCAGGCAACCGUGCUUUCGGCCCUGAAGACAAAAGGGUCAUUAAGAGAAGCUGCCGCAUACUUGAGUUCACUGCCACAGGGGGUUGGAUCAAAGCCUUCAGACGGCUACCCGAUAGGCGUGGCACAGAUACCAGAGAAUGAUGUGCUUUCCUCCAAGGUGAAGCUACAAAAGGCAUCUAGUAUUUUACAGAGAUACGGAAACGUUCAAACCAAAAGGGAGCCAGAGCCAGUUCCUGUCAAGAAACGGAAGCUUGUGCGUGGAACCAGAGAUUCCAAGCGUGGAGCGGUGUCACUGUCUGACAGUGACAAUGAGCCGAUUGUUCUUGAUGAUGAAGAGCCCGAAGAAGUUGACGACGACAGCAUGGAGGAGUCUGAAGUCGAAGAAGCUAUGGAUCUAGAGUUUGAUGAGAAGGUGCUGCAUUUCCUCAACACUGGCGAGAAACGGGACGUCGUUGACAUUGCUGGUGUCCCUCCUUCGGUUGCACAGGCGUUAAUAGACAGCAGGCCGUUCAAGUCGCUCGAGGAGGUGGAGAAUUUUGAUUUUGCAGAAAAAGAAAACUCUACAAGUACACAGAAGAAAAGAGUGGUGAAAAAGAAGGCUGUUGGAGAGAAGAUCCUGGAAACCACUAUUAAAAAGCUGAAAGGGUAUGCGGCAGUUGACUCGCUGAUCAAGAAGUGCCAAACACAUGGAAACAGCAUCACCCAUGCUAUCCAUAAAUGGGGUGCAGAGGUUUACAACGACAAGGGAGAGCUGGAGAUCGUUGAUAUCGACGUGAAGAGCGAACAGAGUGACGACAACAUGUCAGACAAGACCCUGUUUUCCAACGAGAACUCCCAGAGCAAGAACGAAAGCUACGAGGCGCUCACUUCUGACGACGAUAUGGAGGACAGGGAGUUCACUCUAAAAAUGUCCAAAACAAGCGGCAGACCGCGCGGAAGACCGCCUCUGGUUAAAGUUGACUACUACAGGCACAAGCCAAAAUUGAUGGCAGACGGAUUCGAGCUGAAAAACUACCAGAUUGUGGGAAUGAACUGGCUGAACCUGUUGUACCAAAAAAGACUCUCCUGUAUUCUUGCCGACGAGAUGGGCUUGGGAAAGACGUUGCAGGUGAUUGCAUUUUUGACGUAUCUCAAACAGCAGUCUUUUGACGGCCCGCAUCUGGUGAUUGUUCCGUCUUCCACACUGGAAAAUUGGCUCAGAGAGUUCCAGAAGUUUUCUCCGUCUCUCAAGGUAAUACCGUACUAUGGCAGCCAAAGCGCCAGAGCAGAACUGAGAGAGGAGCUGAUGUAUAAUGGUGACUACGACGUCCUGGUGACAACGUACACGCUUGCCACCGGCCAUAAGUACGACCAGUCCUUCUUGAGAAGCAGGAACUUCAACGUGAUCGUCUACGAUGAGGGCCAUAUGCUGAAAAAUUCGAAUUCCGAUAGAUAUACUAAGCUGAUGAAGCUGGGUGCACGUUUCCGGCUGCUUUUGACCGGCACUCCGCUGCAGAACAACCUGAGAGAGCUGAUCUCUCUGCUUGCAUUUAUUUUGCCCGGCAUAUUCCACGAGAAGCGCGAAGAUCUUCUAGUUCUCUUUGAUCAAAAGGCGUCCACCAAAUCGACCCACAAACGCGAGACCGAGGACGGUGACGCGGACGACGAGGAGAAUUACAACCCGCUACUUUCGCAGCAGGCAAUCACCAACGCCCGUGCCAUGAUGGCACCGUUUGUGCUGCGAAGAAAGAAGGACCAAGUGAUGCAGCAUCUGCCGGCCAAACAUCAUCACAUUGAGUACUGUGAUCUGGAUGAGUAUCAAAAGAACGUUUAUCAGCAGGAGAUCCAGAAGGCUCGCGAGGCCAAGGCUGAGAGAGAGAGACGGAAGCUGAUGAGUCCAGACGAACUACGGAAAUUGCCAAAGGCAGCGGUGUCGCUGUCGGCGUCGAAUGUGGUGAUGCAGCUGCGUAAGGCUGCUUUGCACCCGCUGCUUUUCAGAACAUAUUACCAGGACUCAAAAUUAAAGAAGAUGGCGCGAGAAAUCAUGAAGAGCGACGAUUAUUACAAUGCCAAUAGAGACUACAUUUUUGAGGACAUGCAAGUUAUGUCCGAUUUUGAGCUGAAUAGACUGUGCCACACGUACUCCAAGCAGCUGGCCUCGUUCCAAUUAGACAACGAGGCGUACUACCAAAGUGGAAAGGUGAGAAAAAUGCUGCAACUUAUUAACAAGGUGACCGAGAAGGGAGAAAAAGUGCUGGUUUUCUCCUUAUUUACCCAGGUGCUCGAUAUCCUCGAAAUGGUGCUUAGUUUGAACCAGAUCAAGUUCCUGCGACUGGACGGACAGACCUCUGUUGACGAAAGACAGGGAAUCAUCGACAAAUUUUACGAGGCUGACGAUGUGCCUGUGAUGCUGCUAAGUACCAAGGCAGGUGGUUUUGGUAUCAAUUUGGUCUGUGCCAACAAUGUUAUCAUAUUCGACCAGUCUUUCAACCCCCAUGACGACAAGCAGGCAGAGGACCGUGCUCACCGAGUCGGCCAGACCAAGGAGGUCAACGUUUACAGAAUAAUUUGCAGAGACACUAUCGAGGAGAACAUUUUGCAACUGGCCCAGAACAAACUGCAGCUUGACGACUCGAUGAUGUCCGGCGACGACGACAAGGCCGCCAAGGCUGUGGAGAGCAUGUUGUUCCCUGAGUAG